AUUUGAAGCCCAGGGAGUCAGUUUAAAGGAUGCUAGCUUGAAAAAGAUUUGUGGGGGAAAGUAAUAUUAGAAAAAGACGAAAGUUUAUUCAAUAUAAGGGAUACGUAGAUAAAUUGGAAUAGCAAAUAUCUACGAAGGUCGUGUAAUAAACUGUAUCAGCAUCCGAGGGAUUCGAAGUAUAGCACAAGAACUAACAAAAAAGUAAACAGUCAAAAUGACCGAGGUCCAACCUCGCGAGAUCAAGAUAUUGGAGACGGCAGAGGAUAUCCAGAAUCGCCGUGAAGAAGUCUUGGGCCGCUACUCAAACUUUAAAUUAAACUGUAAGGAAAGACGCGAAAAACUAGAAGAUUCCAGACGAUACCAAUAUUUCAAACGAGAUGCCGAUGAACUUCAAAGUUGGAUUUUGGAGAAAUUACAAACAGCUUCAGAUGAAAGUUACAGAGAUCCAACUAAUUUACAGGCCAAAAUACAGAAACAUCAAGCGUUUGAAGCUGAAGUAGCAGCUCACGCUAAUGCUAUUGAAAUUCUUGACCAAACGGGCAAUGAGAUGAUCAAUCAAGAACACUUUGCUUCACAAGUUAUACAGGAAAGACUAGAAGAAUUAUGGAGACUUUGGAAACUUUUGUUGUCCAAAUUAAACGACAAGGGAUUGAAAUUGCAGCAAGCCCUACGAUUGGUCCAGUUUACACGAGAAUGUGAUGAAGUUAUGUUUUGGAUUCACGAUAAGGAAGCUUUCGUGUCAUCAGAAGAGUUUGGUAUUGAUCUAGAACAUGUUGAAGUUCUACAGAAGAAAUUUGAUGAGUUCCAAAAGGAUCUCUCAAAUCACGAAGACAAAGUAACAGAAGUUAAUAAAUUAGCGGAACAAUUACUAGUUGAAGGUCAUCCAGAUGAAGAGACUAUCACGAAUCGACAACAGGAAGUUAAUGAGGCAUGGCAGAGAUUAAAAUCUCAAUCUUUAACCAGACAAGACAGAUUAUUUGGUGCUCAUGAAAUACAGAGAUUUAAUAGAGAUGCCGAUGAAACGAUUGCCUGGAUUCAGGAAAAAGACACAGUUUUGUCGUCUGAUGAAUAUGGUCGGGAUCUGGCCAGCGUUCAGGCUCUUCAACGUAAACAUGAAGGUGUUGAACGAGAUUUGGCAGCCCUGGAAGAGAAAGUGACAGUCCUUGGAACAGAAUCUAAGAGAUUGGUCGAAACUCACCCAGAAAAUUCUGAACAAAUUGAAAGUAAACAGAAAGAAAUUGAUGGAAACUGGGCACAACUCAAAUCUAAGGGAUUUGAACGUAAAAAUCGUCUGGACGAUUCCUACCAUCUACAUCGUUUCUUGGCCGAUUUCCGUGAUCUGGUUUCCUGGAUACAUGAUAUGAAGGCUAUAAUUGCUGCUGAUGAAAUGGCCAAAGAUGUCACAGGAGCUGAAGCUUUGUUAGAAAGACACCAAGAGCACAAGGGAGAAAUUGAUGCUCGUGAGGAUAGUUUCCGCUCUACAGCAGAAGCAGGAGAGAAGUUGGUCGAGUCAAAUCAUUAUGCUUCAGAUGAAGCCAGGGAAAAGCUUCAAACACUAGCAUCAGAGAAACAGAGUUUAAUGGAAUUAUGGGAAGAGAGAAGAAUACUGUAUGAACAGUGUAUGGAUUUACAACUCUAUAUACGAGAUACAGAACAAGCUGAUGCCUGGAUGACAAAACAAGAGGCCUUCCUGGCGAAUGAAGAUUUAGGUGAUUCCCUAGAUAGUGUUGAAGCCUUGAUUAAAAAACAUAACGAUUUCGAGAAAUCCCUCGCAGCACAAGAAGAAAAAAUCAAGGGUCUAGAUGAGUUUGCUACCAAAUUGAUAGAAAGUGAACAUUAUGCAUCUGAUGAUGUCAAUCAAAGACGAAAUCAGCUAUUGGAGAGACGAUUGCUCUUGAAUGAGAAGGCCACCAGACGAAGACAAUUGUUGGAGGCUUCACUACAAUGGCAUGUGUUUGAACGGGAUUGUGAUGAGACAAAAGGCUGGAUCAAUGAAAAACUGAAAACUGCAUCAGAUGAAAGUUACCUGGAUCCUACCAAUCUUACUACCAAGUUACAGAAACAUAUGAAUUUUGAAUCAGAACUGGAUGCCAAUAAAAAUCGAAUCAGCACAAUCAAGACAACUGGCCGUGAAUUGGUUGAAAAUGGUCAUUUUGCUUCUGAUGCCAUCAACGAUAGAGUUGAAGAAAUAGAAAGAUUGUGGGAUACCCUGCUAAAACAGACAGAAAAGAAGGGCAACAAGCUGAAACAAGCCAGUAACCAACAGAACUUUAAUCGUAAUGUUGAUGACGUUGACUCAUGGCUGCGUGAAAUCGAAGGACAGAUUGGAUCUGAAGAUUACGGCAAGGAUUUAACCAGUGUCCAGAAUCUUCAGAAGAGACAUCAAUUGAUUGAAGCUGAUGUCACAGCACAUCAGGAAAGGAUCGAGUCUUUAGCCCUACUGGCCAAUCAGUUUAAAGAUGAAGACCAUUUUGAUUCUGAUACUAUUGAAGCCAAGAAAGUUCAACUUGUUUCAAGAUACCAGAAAAUUAAGGAACCAAUGGUAGAACGUCAGAAGAAACUGGAUGAUGCUAAAAAACUUCAGCAGUUUCAGCGAGAUGUUGCCGAUGAAGAAGACUGGAUCCGAGAGAAAGAACCAAUCGCUGCCUCUACUAACAGAGGUCGAGAUUUGAUUGGUGUACAGAAUUUGAUGAAGAAACACCAAGCUUUACAAGCAGAAUUAGCAGGUCACGAUCCCAGAAUCAACAAUGUUUGUCAACAUGGCCGACAGAUGAUAAAAGAGGGACACUUCGCAUCUAGUAAUAUUGCAGAAAGUGUUGACCAAUUACAAGACAGAUGGAGACAACUAAAGGACAAAUCAUCGCAGAGAAAACAGGAUCUAGAAGACUCUUUACAAGCACAGCAGUAUUUUGCUGAUGCCAACGAAGCUGAAUCUUGGAUGAAAGAAAAAGAACCAAUUGCUGCUAAUACUGAUUAUGGCAAAGAUGAAGAUUCUUCAGAGGCUCUACUAAAGAAACAUGAAGCCUUUAUGUCAGAUUUAGAAGCCUAUAGAAGUGUUAUUGAAGGUUUACGGGAACAAGCUUCUUCUUGUAAUCAACAAGAAGCUCCUAUUAUUGAUGAUCUUGGAACAGAGAAGGUCGUAGCUUUGUACGAUUAUACAGAGAAAUCACCACGUGAAGUCUCCAUGAAGAAGGGGGAUGUUCUAACUCUCUUAAACAGUGUCAAUAAGGAUUGGUGGAAAGUUGAAGUCAAUGAUAGACAAGGUUUCGUACCAGCCGCUUAUGUGAAGAAGUUAGAUCCAAGUUUAUCAGCAAGUAGAAAUAACUUAAUGGAUGAAUUUACCAUCUCAGUUCGACAAAACCAGAUUGAAACACAAUACGCAAAUCUGUUGGAUCUUGGUAACCAGAGACGAGAAAAGUUGGGUGAAUCAACAAAAGCUUAUCAGCUUGUUCGUGAAGCAUCCGAAUUGGCUGCAUGGAUUACAGAGAAAGAAAACAGUAUGAUUGGUGGAGAGGUCGGCGAGGAUCUCGAACAAGUUGAAGAAAUGCAGAAGAAGUACAAUGACUUCCAGAAGGAUUUGAAAGCUAAUGAAGCUAGACUUGAAGAACUCAACUCCAUUGCUGACAGACUUACAGCCAUGGGUCAAACUGAGGCUGCGGAGAAUAUCCGUGAACAAAUUACACAACUAAAUCAGAGAUGGGUCACUCUACAACAAGUUUCAGCUGAACGUGCCCAGACAUUGGGUAGUGCUUUCGAGGUUCAGAGAUAUCAUCGUGAAGUUGAUGAAACUAAAGACUGGAUAGAUGAAAAAGACCAAGCCUUGAACAAUGACAAUUAUGGACAUGAUCUCGCAAGUGUUCAGGCUUUACAGAGAAAACAUGACGCUAUGGAGAGAGAUUUAGCUGCCCUUGGAGAAAAGGUUAUUGAUUUGGAUGAAAUGUCAAAGAGGUUGAUGCAGACACAUCCUGAUCAAGCUGAAACCAUUCACGAACAUCAAACAGAGAUUAAUGUACAAUGGAAUGCCCUAACAGCUAAGGCUGAUAAUCGUAAAGCUAAAUUAUUGGAUGCUUUAGAUCUACAGAGAUUCCUCAGUGAUUAUAGAGAUUUGACAUCAUGGAUCAACAGUAUGAUGGCGCUAGUAUCCUCAGAAGAAUUAGCGAAAGAUGUAACAGGUGCAGAGGCAUUAUUGGAACGUCAUCAGAUGUUUAGUUCUGAAAUUGUCAGUCAUUAUGGAAUUACCUCCCUUACUGACGAGGAGGAAGAAGAGGAACAUCGGACAGAAAUUGACGCCCGAGCUGGUACGUUCCAGGCUUUCGAACUUCUCGGCCAGCAGUUGUUACAGAAUCAACAUUAUGCUAGUGAUGAUGUACAGACUAAACUUGAAGAAUUAGCUAAAGCUAGAGAGGAAUUAGAACAAGCAUGGAUUUCCCGUCGUAUGAAAUUAGACCAGUGUUUGGAACUACAGUUGUUUUAUCGAGACUGUGAACAAGCAGAAUCAUGGAUGGCUGCUCGUGAGGCUUUCCUUGCUGGAGAUGCUGUUGAUGGAGAUAAUGUGGAAACUCUAAUCAAGAAACAUGAAGAUUUUGAUCGAGCCAUUAAUUCCCAGGAAGAAAAGAUUAAUUCUCUACAACAGUUUGCUGAACAGUUGAUGAAUUCAGAGCAUUAUGCAGGAGAUGCUGUUUCUGAUAAGAGAAAUCAAGUUUUAGAGAGAUGGUCCCAGUUGAAGGAUGAUCUCAUUAAAAACCGUUCAAAACUUGGAGAAGCUCAAACCCUUCAACAAUUCUCACGUGAUGCUGAUGAAAUGGAGAACUGGUUACAAGAGAAACUACAGAUUGCCAGUGAUGAAUCUUACAAAGAUCCUACAAAUAUACAGAGUAAACAUCAGAAACAUCAAGCAUUUGAAGCUGAACUUGCAGCUAAUACAGAACGAUUACAAUCUCUUCUAGGAACAGGACAAAAUCUGAUUGACAAUCGUCAAUGUGCUGGAUCAGAAGAUGCUGUACAGAAUCGUUUAGAAAGUUUAACUACCCAAUGGGAGGAUCUUGUCAGUAAAUCUGCAGAAAAAAGUGAAAAACUGAAAGAAGCCAAUCAGCAACAGACAUAUAAUGCUGGUGUCAAAGACAUUGACUUCUGGCUAGGGGAGGUUGACCAGAUGUUGGCAUCAGAAGAUUAUGGUAAAGAUUUAGCAUCUGUACAAAAUCUAGUUAAGAAACAUCAACUAUUGGAGGCUGAUAUUGCAGCUCACGAGGAGCGUAUUAAAGAUUUGAACCAAUCUGCUGAUCAGUUUAUCGAAGGUGGUGUCUGGGAUGCCGAGAGUAUCACAGACAGAAAACGUACCAUCAACGAAAGAUAUGAUCGUAUCAAAGAAUUAGCCAUCCAUCGUCGUAAUAUUCUAAACGAAGCCAACACAAUGCAUCAAUUUUUGAGAGAUAUUGAUGAUGAAGAAGCAUGGAUUAAGGAGAAGAAAUUAUUGGUUGGAUCUGAAGAUUAUGGACGAGAUUUGACCGGUGUACAGAAUCUCAGAAAGAAGCACAAACGUCUAGAAGCUGAACUCACUGUUCACGAACCAACCAUUCAGGGUGUACAAGAGACAGGCGAACAGUUGAUAGCAUCAGCUGAGAUUGGUGCCAGUGACAUCCGAGUUAGACUAGAUCAACUAGACACUAACUGGAGAGAACUGAAAGAUUCUGCUACUGAUAGAGGUCAGAAAUUGGAACAGUCGUAUGCCUAUCAACAGUUCAGUGCUAAUGUUGAAGAGGAAGAAGCCUGGAUAUCAGAAAAACAACAUCUAUUGUCAGGAGAUGAUUUUGGUGAAACAUUGGCCGCAGUACAAGGUUUAAUUAAGAAACAUGAAGCGUUUGAAACAGAUUUCCAAGUUCACCGAGAUAGAUGUGUAGAGAUUAAGAAAGAAGGAGAGAAACUUAUUGAACAGGUAGGUGACAAAGAAACUCAAGUGGGUUCGGAUGAUUAUGGCCGUGAUUUGUCAUCAGUUCAAACACUUCUCACCAAACAGGAAACUUUCGAUGCUGGUCUUGAAGCCUUCAAGAAAGAAGGAAUUCAGACAAUCACUGCUUUAAAAGAACAGCUGAUACAAUCUAAACACAUUCAAACAUCUAAGAUUGAACAAAGAUAUAACGAGGUUAUGGUCAGAUGGCAGAAAUUAUUGAAUGAUUCUGACGGUCGUAAACAGAAAUUGUUGUUGUUACAAGAUCAGUACAGACAGAUUGAGGACCUUUAUCUGACCUUCGCCAAGAAGGCGUCUGCUUUCAACAGUUGGUUUGAGAAUGCAGAAGAAGAUUUGACAGAUCCAGUCAGAUGUAACUCCAUUGAAGAAAUCAAGGCUCUAAGUGAAGCUCAUGACCAAUUCAAAGCUUCUCUAAGUGCUGCUCAGGCUGAUUUCAACCAACUUGCUGCCCUAGAUAAACAGAUUAAAGAGUUCAAUGUCGGACCCAAUCCUUACACCUGGUUCACAAUGGAGGCUCUCCAGGAUACCUGGAAAAAUCUUCAGAAAAUUAUCAAGGAACGAGAUGGUGACCUAGCUCGUGAAGCACAAAGACAAGAAGAAAACGAUCAUCUUCGUCAACAGUUUGCUAGAGCUGCUAACACUUUCCAUUCCUGGCUCACAGAAACAAGAUCAGCCAUGAUGGAAGGAUCAGGAACAUUAGAAGAACAGCUGGAAGCCACCAAGACCAAGGCUACUGAAGUACGGGCACAGAAAGGUGAUCUAAAGAAGAUCGAGGUUUUAGGUGCUGCUAUGGAGGAAAGACUCAUCUUAGACAACAGGUAUACUGAACACAGUACUGUUGGUCUAGCUCAACAAUGGGAUCAAUUAGAUCAGUUAUGUAUGAGAAUGCAGCAUAAUCUAGAACAACAAAUAGCUGCUAGAAAUCGUAGUGGUGUAUCUGAAGAUGCUCUUAGAGAAUUUAGUAUGAUGUUUAAACAUUUUGAUAAAGAUAAGAGUGGUAAACUAGAUCACCAGGAAUUUAAAUCUUGUCUUCGAGCCCUGGGUUAUGAUCUUCCCAUGGUAGAGGAAGGCCAGAUAGAUCCAGAAUUCCAGGCUAUUCUAGAUGUAGUCGAUCCAAACAGGGAUGGAAUCUCACUAAAGAACAAGCUGAUUAUUGUAUCACCCGCAUGA